AUCUGCCAGACUUUCAUCAGAUUUGUGUCAACGUCAAACUAUUCAAUUCGUACCGUACCAUACGGUUAAAGUAUAUUUUUUGUUAAAUCUGCAUUAUACAUAACAGUGCGCCAUGGUUCUAGACUUAGAUUUAUUUAGAGCUGACAAAGACGGUGAUCCAGAAAAGAUUCGCGAGAACCAGCGUAAGAGAUUUAAAGAUGUUGCUUUAGUCGACACCGUGGUGGAUCAGGAUCUUCUUUGGAGACGUUUGAGACACGAGGCAGAUAAUUUUAACAAAUUAAAGAAUGUGUGUAGCAAGGAAAUUGGUCAGAAGAUGAAGAACAAAGAGCCUGUGGGACCAGAAGAUGAGGAAGUACCGGCCUCUGUUGCCGAUAACCUGGUUAACUUGACUGCAGAACAGCUACGGCCUCUUACUGUAAAUCAGAUUAAAAAGGUUCGUGUGCUUAUAGAUGAGGCCAUAACAAAGAAUGAGCAAGGUCUAAUAACCGCAGAGAAGGCUCGUUCUGCAGCCUUAAGGGAAGUGGGCAACCACCUACACCCUUCAGUUCCUGUGGAUGAUGAUGAGGACCAUAACCUUGUGGAGAGGACAUUUGGGGACUGCACUGUUAGACAGAAGUACUCCCAUGUUGAUCUUAUUUGCAUGAUUGACGGUAUGGAUGGUGAUAGAGGUACAGCAGUAGCAGGUGGGAGAGGAUACUAUCUGAAAGGUCCUGCUGUCUUCUUAGAACAGGCUCUAAUACAGCUCUCUUUGAGAAUACUCCUGAAGAAGGGUUACACACCUUUGUACACUCCUUUCUUCAUGAGAAAAGAGGUGAUGCAAGAAGUAGCUCAAUUAGCACAAUUUGAUGAGGAACUUUACAAGGUUGUUGGAAAAGGUUCAGAAAAUAAAGGUGAUAAUAUCAUUGAAGAGAAAUACUUGAUAGCAACAUCAGAGCAGCCGAUUGCAGCGUACCACAGAGAUGAAUGGCUUGCAGAAUCCUCUUUGCCAAUAAGGUAUGCAGGUUUGUCAACUUGUUUCCGACAAGAAGUAGGCUCUCACGGCCGCGACACGCGCGGUAUAUUCAGAGUGCAUCAGUUUGAAAAGGUAGAGCAGUUUGUUCUGACCUCUCCUCAUGAUGAUGCAUCUUGGAAGAUGAUGGAUGAGAUGAUUGGGAAUGCCGAGGAUUUCUACCAGACCCUUGGUAUACCAUACCGCAUUGUAAACAUUGUAUCAGGUGCAUUAAAUCAUGCGGCUGCUAAGAAAUUGGAUCUGGAAGCCUGGUUCCCAGGGUCUGGAGCUUUCCGUGAGCUUGUUUCCUGCAGCAACUGUCUUGAAUAUCAAGCUAGAAGAUUACUGGUCAGAUAUGGUCAAACAAAGAAGAUGAACGCAGCAACAGAGUAUGUUCACAUGCUGAACGCGACCAUGUGCGCGACCACACGUGUCAUCUGCGCGGUGCUAGAAUGUAACCAGACGGAAGAGGGUAUUAAGGUCCCCGAAAUCCUGAAGCCAUGGAUGCCAGAGCAGUAUCAAGAGCUCAUACCAUUUGUGAAGCCAGCUCCUAUCGACCUGGAAGCGGCCGCCGCUGCUAAAAAAGGCAAAAAGCAAAAGGAAGACAAAAAAUAAUCAAAUGCUAUGCAUUUAAAAAUCUCAUUCGCACACCAGUGGCAUUUUAUUUAUAACGCUUUCAUUAAGCUUGUAACACAGAAUGUUUUAUUUAAAAUAAAUAUAUUGAAUCAUUAC